CCGAGCAACAGGAGGAGCGCGUUCCGUUCAGCGGAGCCCACUGAUCUAUAAUAGACAACAUUAUAUAGAUAUUAUAUAUAGAUUAUAUAGAUCCGUGUUUGUCCGGUAGCGCUGCUCGUAAAGCACUCAUGGAUUCCGCCUCUUCACCUGCUCUGAAAACAGACGCUCGUCUGAAGCUGAAAGUCGAACACAAACAGAAAAACGUGUUUGUAACGCAGCUGGAGGAGCACAGAGAGCAGAUCGAGGAGCACAUACAGCACAUCCCGGUGAUAGCGCAGUCCUCCAGCAGGAUCCUGGACACCGGCGUCCACACGCUGCAGACCACACUAGUCCUGAAGAAGCGCGCAGAGGUGGACGCACUGAACACACAGCUGAUGGACACACGGCAGGAGGUUCAGGGGAGCAUGAAGAUCCUCCAGCAGAGACGAGCCGAGCUCCAGCAGAGACACACGGAGACGAAACACAGGGCAGCAGACUUCGAGAGGUUUGUGGAGGAGAACGAGGUGAAACGCCGCCGUGCGCUGAAGAGAUUCCAGAUGGAGAGACAGCAGAAUGACGUGAAGGAAGAGGAGAAAGCUGAACUCUCCAAACAACUCCAGGACUUACAAGCCAGGCGCUUGUAUUUACAAGAGCGAGUGAACAAAUACAAGAAAUUCGAGGAGUUUCUGAUGAAGACUCUUGAUUUACUUCCAGACAAGUAUGUGGGCUACAGCACAGACCUGGUGACGCCGAUCAUCAGACGCUACGAGACGCUCACCAUCAGCCGACAGGACCUCCUGCAGCAGUUAUCCAGCCUGACGGAGCAGAUGAAGGCCGGCCAGAACAGCCUGGAGUCCCGCAGACAGGAGCACAGCACCUUCAAACUGAUGACAAACCAGGAGCUGUCCGAGCGGCAGACACAGCUGGAUCAACUGAGAGAGAAGAACAAACAGCUGGAGAUGAUGCUCCACAUGCACCUGAGCCAGUCCAGAGACCAGGUGGAGGAGGUCGGGAACAUCUUGAUGGCGGUGAAGAGCCUCGCGGAGCAGUGUUACCUGAGUCACUACAGAGAUCUAGACCUCAUGGACACAGCCACCAUGAUGGACAUGAUAAAGGAAUUCAUCGUGGAGAAAGCUGAUAUGGAGAGGAGAGCCAUGAGACUCAUGGCCAGCAGCGGAGCGACUGUGAAGAGAAGGACACCGAAGAAGAGCUCGUCCAGCAGAAGCGGAGCGCAGACGCUGCUGUAGAUCAGUCCGUCUCAAACCAGCCAGACCCUGAGAGCGGGCUCAGGACACACAUUCAGCUCAGCACAUCUGCUUACAGCAACAUUUCUCAUCACACACACUCGUGUUUAUGGAGCGUGAGUCUGGAUCAAUAAGAGAUUAAACUCAAGACAUGCAUUAAAGACAU